AUGUCUUCACCGACCUACGACCCCGUACCAAAAUCGCCUCUCCACCACGACUAUCCCUACUCGCGUGGCGAAGCAGCAGCAGAAUCCGACUCAGACGACUUCGAUCCCGAACAAAAACCCCAAAUCAUCACAGACGAAGAACACCACCCGUCCACCACCUCCUCCAAAAAACGAUCAAACAAACGCACUUUUCUCCCCCACCGUCUCACCCCUCCACCAUCCACCCUCAUCCUCCUAACUUUCCUCCUCCCCCUUCUCCUCUGGUCCCUCCUCCUCCGCCCCCCAACUCUAAUCCUCCCAAGCUCCCUCCCUCUAACCUCUCACUGCGGCUCAAACGCCACCCAAGCCCUCUCUCUCGGCUGUAAAUUCGACCUCCUAGCAGGAAGUUGGACACCAUCCCACUGCAUCGACACCGCCUCUCUCUCCGAAUUCCGCACAUGGAUAACUUCCCCGCAACGCCUUCGAGGCGCGUUUCCCUAUUUCAAGGAUAUGGCUGGGACGCAGAGAUUUCGGAACGAGGAGGAAUUGGCUUGGUAUGAUGCGGAGAAAACUGUGUGGACGACUUGGGAGGAACAUCGUUGGCAUUGUGCCAUGUUGAUGAGGAGAUGGCAUCGCGCUUGGUUGGGGAUGGGAAGGCCGAAUUCGAGGUUGGGGAGGUUGGAGCAUACGAUGCAUUGUAGUAAGGCUGUGGAGGAGGGGUUGAGGAGGAAUGAGGAUGCGGGGUGGAUUGUGACGGAGUUUCAGGUUUCGUUUGAGAGUUGUUAG